CUUUUUUGUGUGAGAUACACAGGAAAAGAAAGGAAAGCAUCGUCACAGCCCAAAAAAAGGAAAAGGAGAUGCUGCUACAAGAGUACUUGCCUCAACAAUGGCAGCUCCUCCUCCUCCUUGCUAUGCUACCUCUCCUCUCCAUUUUCAUACUUGUAGGAGCAGGAUGGCGAAGGGGCAGCAGCACUAGGUACCACCUCCCUCCGCACCCGCCGGGGCUGCCCAUCCUCGGCAACCUGCACCGGAUGGGUGCUCUCCCACACCAGAGCCUCCGGGAGAUGGCGCGGCAGCACGGGCCCGUGAUGAUGCUGCGGCUGGGGACGGUGCCCACGUUGGUGGUGUCGUCGGCUGACGCGGCGCGGGACGUGCUCAAGACGCACGACGCCGACUGCUGCAGUCGCCCGGACACGCCAGGGCCCAGGCGGUUGUCAUACCAGCACAAUGACGUGGCCUUCAGCCCCUACAGUGAACAAUGGCGAGAGCGGCGCAAGCUCCUGGUCGUCGAGUUCCUCAGCAAGCGCCGCAUCCAGGCCACCUGGUAUGCCAGGGAGGCUGAGGUGGGUAAACUGGUGAGCGGACUAGCAGUAGCUAGCGUUAAUGGACAGGGACCAGUAUGUCUGGAGGAUCACGUCUUCGGGUACAUGGACGGCUUCGUCGGCACGGUGGCGUUCGGUAACAUGUACGGCACAGAGCACUUUGCGCACAAGGAGCACUUCCACCACGUGAUUGACGAGGCCAUGAUGGUGAGGUCUAGCUUCUCCGCCGAGGACUACUUCCCCAACGCCCUUGGCCGCCUCGUUGACCGCCUCACCGGCGUAGCCUCCCUCCGCGAGAGGGUGUUCAAGGAGUUCGAUGCCUUCUUUGAGAUGAUGCUUGGCCAGGCCAAGCCCGACAAUGACGGCUGUGUCGGCCUCAUCGACGUCCUCAUCGGCCUCAUGAAGGAGAAGCACCAAGGCCCUUUCAGGGUCAGCAGAGACGUCGUCAAGGCGCUACUAACGAACACAUUUAUCGGUGCCGUGGACACAGGCGCGGUGACCAUUAUUUGGGCAAUGGCGGAGCUGGUUCGGAACCCACAUGUGCUGAACAAGGUGCAAAACGAGAUCAGAACUAUGGCGGGCAACAAAGAGAGGGUGCAGCAAGACGAUGUGGCCAAGCUGGAGUAUCUCAAGAUGGUGGUCAUGGAGACAUUGCGCCUGCACCCGGCGUUGCCCCUUCUUGUGCCGAGGGAGACCAUGCGGCACAUCACCGUCUCUGGUUACGAUGUUCCCGCAAAGACGAGGAUCUUGGUGAACGCAUGGGCCAUUGGGAGGGACCCAACCAACUGGGAAAACCCCGAGGAGUUCAUCCCGGAAAGAUUCGAGGGCGAGGAGGAUGUGAACUUCAACCGGGCACAGUUUGAAUUCCUACCCUUCGGUGCUGGACGUAGGAUGUGCCCCGGGAUAGACAUGGGGUUAGCCACCACAGAGUUCACCCUGGCAAACUUGCUCUACUGCUUCGACUGGGAGCUCCCGGAGGGGCUGAGAAGUGAGGACAUGAGCAUGGAAGAGGCAGGAGGACUCACCAUCCAUAAGAAGAUGCCGCUCUUGCUGGUGCCGACAAGAUACAAGUGUGGUAACGCUAGCUGAUCAAGCAUAUAUGUGUGAAGGGAGACCUCAAAGUUGAUGGUAAAGCUUGCAGGAAGGCCUCAAAGUUGUGCCAGUUAAGAUCGAUUAUGAGGCAAUGAGUGAAAAUUCAUGGGUAUUAGGAGUUGAAGUUUAUGCUUUGGAGGUGCAUGAAACUAUCUAGCUGGGAUUGAAAACUAGAGAGAUCUUUUCUUCUAGCUUCAGUAAUGGUUAUUCACAUAGAGAUAUUCAGACACAUUUAAACUAUUGGCAUGAUACAUGCUGGUGCUAGUGAGUUUUAUGAUAGUUUCGGUAUUCAUCUACUGCAUGCUUCCUGUGGAAAUACUUGUAUGUUGCAAAAGUAUAUGUUUGACACGGUUGAUGCAUGUUGAACCA